CUGCUCAGCCUGAUCCAUCUUUAAGAACCUGUUGACUAACCAUAAGGUGUAAUCCUACGCUAUCGCCGUAAAUUUAUCUCAAGAGUUCGAGAAGCAAAAUGAGUGACAGUGACUUCGAGCAAAUCAAUCUUAGCGAUGCUGAAGAAGACGACGAAAACGUAGCCCAAGUUAUCAUGGAAUUCGGUGAAUCCUUUCUUCGAUCCGGAAAGGGGCCGGGUCCCGAAAAACUGGACGAGGUCUCGACUUCUUCCGCUUUCAUCCAAGUGAAGCUAUCCAGUAUUGAUAUCUGUGCGAAAUUAAAGCCAGAUGAAGACAAGGGAGUUCUCUCUGAAGGCAGAGCUCACGAAGAACACAAUUCGUUUCCUCAAGCAGACGAGCAUUCGGAGUGUUCCUUUACUGAGAAAAAUUCAACGGCUAGCGCGGCCGAAUUCUCGACAAUCAGCGAUUUCGAUUUGUUGUCUAUUGGUGGGACCCGCCAAUUUGAAUGCAAACGCUGUUCCAUAUUCAAUUCUGGACUAGAUGUGAUAUGCUCUGGAUGCGGUAUUGCACUGGUCCCCAACCCUUGUCUAGAAGCUGACGCACAGCUUGCAAAAUCUAUGGAGAUGAACGAAAAGAAGCGUGCGUUCGAUCUUCUGAAAAGAGAGGAAACCAUGCGAAAACAAAUAUGGGAACAGCCUUUGUUAUUUCAGGCAGAAACCCUCACUCGUGAUAUUCUAGAGGUUGUACGCAGAUAUGAACCAUUCUUAUUCAACGCGCUACCAGAGGCGGAUCUGAUGAUCCAGGCAUCCCGCUUUAUCGAGUUUGCGCGCAAUCCAGGCACUACAAUCUCCUUGGCGUAUCAUUUCUCGACAAACACUGAGCAGAGAAUGGAUCAAAUCCGUGCUGACGGCUUCGUACCUCCAGUGGAAACAACUGUCAUUGAAGAAGUGACGCAACAAUCAUUUGAUGAUUCUGCAGACACUCAUCGGGCGCCUACUGUGUCUAAGAAUGGCUCUGGUGAGGGUCGCGACGAUACACCUGACGAGAUGGGUUGGAUCUUGGCGUUUUUGGGAAGUGCGGAAGCCACUUCCUCCAACGACCGCACUCUCAAAGUAACGAACGAGACUAGGAAAAUAUGGAAAAUGGUCAAUUCCACCCAAUGCCUUCCGAUCAUCUGUUUUGAACCAUCGUAUGCCGGUACCGAUGAUGUUUGUCGUCUUUAUAACAGUCUCUCACAGGUUUGCUUCGAUUUCUUCAGUACCGACUGGGUUGCGUCAGAACGCAUGCUAUGUGAGCUCGGUUGUGUAUCAGACUCUCCCCGCAAGAAAAAGGUACGGCGCGACGACUACGGAAAAGACCUUGCGACUACGGACAGAGAAAGAGAAAGUAGUCGGGCUGCGCCUUCUGAAGCGCGUUCAAGUUCCGAAACGUCCUUCGAUGUAAAUGUCUUUGCGGGCCCCGAUGCGUCGGAAGGCCGCGGCCGGCUCAGUCUAGAAAUGAGGGCGUCCCCUCUCCCACAUUCUGAAGAGACAUUGGACCAGUCCAAGCAACGCGAAGAAGGCGUCCCUUCGGCCCAGCCCCACUCAUACUAGAGGACUCAACUGAUU